AUGGUGGCGCAGCGGGACCUGUUCAGGGGAGCGGAGGGACGGGCCCGGGCCCGGGCCCGGGGGGGCCCAGCGAGGCCGUGCCGGGGUCCUCCGUUCCUUCCGCCGCCUCCACACGGGCCUCCGGGCCACCGCGGAGCGGGCUGGGCCUGGCCGGGCCCGGGCGGAGCGGAGCGGGAAGGGAAACGGGAAGGUUCGUCUGGUCUCUCCCCUUGCAGCGAGAACGAGGAGCUGGAGGAGAUCGCCUCGGCCGACCUGAAGUACCUGCUGCUGCCCGCCCUGCUGGGGGCCCUGACGCUGAAGCAGGUGGACCUGAGCAGGAGGCUGGAGCACCUGGAGAGCGCUCGGGCCCACUUCUGGCGCUUCCUCAAGCUCUGCAGCAGCUACGGGCUGGGCAGCUUCCACCUGCCCCCCGCCAGCCCCCCGGGAGAGGAGGACGCCGGGAGCCCGUCCCCGGGGCGCCCCGCUGCUGCCCAGCCCAGCCUGGUGGCCAUGGCGGCGAGCAGGCAAGCCAAAAUCGAAAGAUAUAAGCAGAAGAAGGAACUGGAGAACAGGUUGGCCUCUAUGACAACCUUUGUGGAGAGCGGGAAAGCAGAUGAGGAUCAGAUACGGGAAUUUUACAUACUGCAAGUCCAGAAGUGGAUCAACACCAGCCUUGAGGAAAUUGAGAGUAUUGACCAAGAAGUGGUCAUCCUGAGGAGCAGAGGUACAGCGAAACAGCCUUCAGCACCACCACACGGUACUUCUCGGCAAGUCAGGGCUCCACUGAAACCUUUCAUUCUUACCCGGGACGCCGCUCAGGCUAAGGUGUUUGGUGCUGGAUAUCCCGGGCUGCCUACUAUGACCGUGGACGACUGGUAUGAGCAGCGCAGAAGGCAAGGAGUCGUGUCUGCUCAGAGCGCGCCUCAGAGAGCACCAGGUAUCACUGAUGAAGAGUUGCAGAAGCAGCAGCAGGAGAAAAAAGAGGAGGAGGAUGAUGAGGAAGCACUUCAAAAAGCUCGGAACUGGGAUGACUGGAAAGAUACGCACCCAAGAGGCUAUGGCAACCGGCAGAAUGUGGGCUGA